UCAUGUAUAGUUUAAAUAAUAUUUAGUAUGUAUUUUUAAUUUUAACAAAGUGACAUACCAUUUAUAUAUAAAAUAUAAAAAUUAAUAUAAUAAUUCUAUUGCCAAAGAAGAAGAUUGUGUGAUAAGAACUACCAUGUAGUACAAAACAAGUAUAAUUUACUUAGGAACAAGCGACAAAAAUCCGUAUAGAAAAUAUGGAAUCUAAGAUAAAUAUUGACGAUAAUUCCAAGACCAAAUCGAAUGAACAAAGUAUUAAAUUUUUUGGACUAGAUUUAACCAAUUACUCCCCAACUAACCGAUUUCUUGUGUGCUGUGUUGGAGUUUUCUUUUUUUAUCUGCUUUAUGGCUAUUUACAAGAAUUAAUUUUUACUCUAAAAGGAUUCGAACCUUAUGGAUGGUUUCUGACUUUAAUACAAUUUUUUUACUAUAGCAUAUUUGGAUUAAUUGAAAUUAAUCUGACUAAUAAUUUUAAAAGAAAGAUUCCUAUGAAGGUUUAUUUAUUGUUGGCUGGUUUAACACUUGGCACAAUGGGAUUUUCAAAUGCUUCUCUUGGUUAUUUAAAUUAUCCCACCCAAGUCAUAUUUAAAUCAUGCAAGCUUGUGCCAGUAUUAAUAGGCAGUAUUUUAAUUCAAGGCAAACGAUACAAAGCUUUGGAUUUUGUAGCGGCUAUAUUGAUGUGUGUGGGAUUAACUGAAUUCACUUUAGCUGAUUCUAGAAUGUCUCCAAAUUUUAACACAACGGGCAUAAUCAUGAUUUCAUUAGCAUUGUUAUGUGAUGCUGUCAUAGGAAAUGUUCAAGAAAAAGCAAUGAAAGACUUUUCAGCUACAAAUGCAGAAGUAGUAUUAUACUCGUAUUCCAUUGGAUUUGUAUAUUUGCUUGUAAUACUAUUGUUGUCGAACAACUUAUUUAAUGGAAUACAGUUUUGCUCCAUGCAUCCAUAUGAAACAUAUGGCUAUGGAUUGUUAUUCAGUUUAACUGGCUACUUAGGUAUACAAAUUGUUCUAACAUUAGUACGAACAUGUGGUGCACCCACAGCUGCUUCGGUAACAACAGCAAGAAAAGGAGUCACUAUAGCUCUUUCAUUUGUAUUUUUCAACAAACCUUUUACUAUGCAAUAUUUAUGGUCUGGUGGUAUAGUCCUCGCAGGAAUUUAUCUAAACAUGUAUAGCAAAAGGAAUCCAGAUGCAUUUAAUCAAAUUAAGCAAAGUUUUAAUAGGUUAUAUUAUAGUAUUAAUGAUAGAAUUAAAAUACGAACACAUUCAUCUAACAGAAGGCUGUUAAUCAAUAUAUAA